AAUGGAUAAUUUCUGACGUGUUUUGGAAACGUUUUAUUUUUAUUUCCCUGGAGUAACUUAAAAAUAUAUGUGAAACACACCACAGUGUAGAGUUGUAUUCCUCGAUAGUUACAAAGUAGGAAAACAGGUAACACUGGUAAGAUCUCAAAUGAUUCCGAAAAUAUAAUGGCAGCUGAAUCUAUCUUUAAACUAGCGAUACCGCUGUUUGCGUUAGUGGGAAUUUGGCCUCGUCGAUGCAUCACACUUGCAAACCAAGGUUAGAAUACAUUUCCUGGAUAUAUCGGUUGUUUUGCCAUAGAGUCUAAGCUUUGAAUAGCACACUCAGAUUAAGGGCCCUAAUUUUAUAACUACAGUCGGGGGACAUAAGUAUUCGUCACUUUCAAUAUAGCGGCGUUUGUUUACAUUUUACGCGCGCUAGUUUUAACACCGUUUGUUCGUUUGUGGCAAAUCUAACUUUAAAAUCACCUUAAUAUUUAGUGAGACGACCCUUCAUUUCAAUUACAUUAUUUAGGCGGUCAGGUAUUGACUGGUAAAGGUCUCUUAUAUAAUCCAAUUCGAUGUUCGGCCACACGCUCUGAAUUUCUCUGAUAUUUUCUAUUAUAUUUAAAUCUGGUGUGGUGUAGGAUAUUGCCGGGUAGCUAGCCUGCGUAGCUGGCGGUAUUGUGUAGUAGUCGAGUGAAAUUUGGCGGCGGAGCCGUUGUAAUAUAGUCGAAUGAGAUUUGACUGCGGAGCCGUCACGAGCGGCGAAGCCGUGAGAAAUACCAACCGCCUCGUCCCUUCUCCCUUUUUUUGUAACACGUCUCCGCCGCCAAAACUUUAAUCUCGCACCCACACAAUACCGCCAGCUAGGCAGGCUACCGAGUAGCUUACUAAUAUGACUGGUGAUUGAAUUAACUGAUUAGAGAAAAGAAAGGGGGUAUAUUCUUUGCAAGAGAGAAUUCUUUGUGAGCUUUUGUGGUGUUCAACUAUAGAUCUUCUUCGUCGCCACUCCUCAAAGUUCUUUGUUGCCUUUCACGGUUGCUGUUAUUUCUUUGACCACAACCACGUGCACAGCUUGCAAAAUUUUGUUAAAAGCAGAAAAUUAACCAUUUUCAGUUUCACGUUUACGUACGUUUCAGGUGACUGCAGAAAGCUGUCGUUUCCACCAUAUUUGUUCUUUGCCAACAAACGUCUGGUGAACUACGUAAUAAAAACCGAGCAAGUCCCUGAUAUGGAUACAUGUGAAAUGUUAUGUUUCAACGAGCACAACUGCGUCAGCUGCAAUUUUGAAAAUAACGUGAGGAGCGAUGAUGGAACACACCAAUGUGAACUGAACAAUUCAACUCAGCAAGAACUCGAAGAAGAUUUUCUGGACACAGUCGGUUUCUUCUACCAUGGAACAGACGUAAUUCCAAAUAAUUAUUCAAUUUAUAGUUCUCUUUUUUAGAUACUCAGUUUUCAUUCAUCGAGGAUAUAGCCUGCAAGCAAGAAGCUAUUUUCGCUUUUCUUUAGAGAAAAGAGAAACAAGCAACCUAACAGGGGCACCCAACGAGAAUAUAGUUCAAAACCACUAAAACAGCAUUAAUGGGCGUAUUUUAGUAUUUAAACGGUAGGUCUAGGCAUAUUUUAAUCUUCCAAAAAUUUUUCAUCUGUUCGGAUUUCCUAACUAAAAGUCUAAUGAUCCGAAAAUUAUAGCCAAUUUUAGCCAGGAAAAAGGCUCCCGAAAAUUCUAAGUGACCUUUUUAGGGUAAAAAUCCGUUAAAAAUGGCCAAUUAUACCAUUUUUUAUAUGUUCGAAAAUCCUAGGAGAGGUAGGCAAGCAAAAAAUUUUACAACAAAUGUUCCAAAAAUUCUAGAUCUCAAAUCGUCUUCCGAACAGAUAUUUUCCGGAAAUUGACGUUGGUGCCCCUGACCUAAGUUCAGUGGAAAUGAAAUUUGUGAGAUCUCAUUUACUGUUUGAAGUGGAAAUAAGCCGGGCAAGUUUGCAUAAAAUAAUGUAAAAAAAUGAUUGGUUAAUGUUACUAUCUUUGCAUUUUUAUCAAAAUGAUGAGUUUCUUUCCGUUGAAAACGGUUGUCCCUGAAAUAUUCUUUACGCAAAUGCGCCCGACACUAGCAUCAGUUUCAGUUUUCAAACACUUUCAAAAGAACUUUAAUUUUUAAUUAAACUUAAAAAGUUAAGUAAGUCUAAGCGUAUUGGAAAUACAUCUAACUUUAAACAGCGAAACAAACCUUAGGUUUUGCAAAUUUUUCUUGCAUCACUCUUUAAAUUUAAACCGGAGGAUGUAUCGGAGAAGGCUUGCGGACUGAUCCACCUCUUUUCAAUGCGAAGUGGGUGUGGGUGUUCCGAAAAUCAAGUAAAUAACUAGAGUAACAUACGUUGACCUGACAAUGACCGGUACCUCUUUUGAUAUGAUACGGAACAUACUGUAAAACAUGAAUGACUCUGUUAACUUCCGUGUUGAUUGUUUGUUUGUUUGUGUUUUUUUACAGAGCGCUUGUGAUAGCAGCCAUUGUCUCAACGGUGCAACUUGCCAGUCUGGAUUCACAAACAAACGAUAUCGCUGUCUGUGCCCUACGGGAUGGACAGGUGAACAUUGCGAACAAGGUAAAGAAUGACCGGAUUCACUUUCCUUUUAUACCGUACUUUUCGCUGUUUCUCAACACAAGUUCUCAACUACCUUCCUUCUUUAUAAUCAAAGUACAAUCAAGGACAUCCCAAUGUUGUGUUUUUCGGCAGGUAAUCCAAAGCUAAUACAAAUGAACGAGUAUUUACGGUAUAAAAUAAGCGAUCAACUGACAUUUUCCAAUAUUUCGGAUGGUAAAGCUGUUCUUUAGGUGGAAAAAAGAUUAAGGAAGGCCUGACCUGAGCUGAGCGUCCGAAUUAUCAGAAAACCUCAAGUUUAAUUUAAUCUUGGUUCUUUUUUUAAAAAGCGGCAUGGUUUCUAUAACGUAGUUAUUUUCUUGAACGUUUUAACGUUAAUUAAGGCCAUGAAAAUGAAAAAAAGUGGCUUGAAUAAGACGCCAAUGUUUGUUUAUUCAUUUAUUUAUUUAUUAUGAUGGCUAACAAGAAGGGGAAAGAUAAGGCCAUAUGGACAAUCCGUAUGGAAGUUAGUGACCCCAUAUCAAAAACAGAUAAUAGGUCAAUCGAACUAACACUUUUAUAUACAAACAUACUUAAAGAAUACAAUAUCAGAGAAAUUGUUUAAUGUACGGAAAUAUAUACACUCAAAAAAUAAUAGUAAUGGUACUAUUUGAGGUGAGGGUUCUACUAAGACGGGAUGAAACUAGCAAGUUAACAGCUUCUAAACACUUGCCUUAAAUAUAUUUGCAUAAUUUAGUGGGGCUAAAAAUGUCUGUUUAUAGCAAGGUAAAGGAAGUUACGUUUAAGAACAUUGGCUCUUUUAUCAUUUGUUAAUGGUAUAAUAUAUUUGCUUUUUGUUUUGCUUUUUGUUGUUUGUUUUUUGCCGUAUUGCACUUUCUUCGCUCAUCAUUACUCAAAACCCCACCACAAUAAAACCCCGCGUAUAAGAACCUGGGUUUUAAGAACCUUUUAGGCUAAAAUUUUCAUUUUAAGCCCCCUUCACAUAAGAACCAAUUAAGGCUAAAAUUUAAAGUUAGGUUCUUAUCAGUGGAGUUGCUGUAAAAGUGUAUCAACUUUGAAAUGGCAUUUCAGAGAACUGACUAUGAGUUUGUUUGUUAUGUUUUGUUAAGGACAUACCUGCACUGUACUGCCUUUAGGCAUUACUGUAUAGUAUAAAUGAUUUAUAUUGUAUUAUGAGAUGACAUUUAUAAUAUACUUAAAUGAAAUUCAUAUGAAAAUAUAAGAACCUAUUUUAAGAACCUUGGUAGUCUAAAUUUCUUUUAAGUACCAUUUAUAUAAGAACCUGUUAAGGCUAAAUUAUAAAAUCCCGGUUCUUAUACGCGGUGUUUUACUGUACUCUACAAAACUUCUCGCCUCAGCGUACCCUACGUCGUUUUUUGUCUAGUCCGACAAAGUUUUCCAACCUUUAGGACUUGAAUACCUACAAAGACCUCGUUCCCAGAUCCUCUCUCCUUCCCUUCACCUGGAGAAUCUCGAAGAGACCGCUGUGGCAAGGUCUGCCGGGUAAGGUGGACGGAGUCCCGACUAUACGCCAGUUAUGCUGCUCGGAAAUUACGUUCAAGGUGCAGCACACUUCUUUGGGCUUACUUUAUUUUCAUUUCCAUUACAGACAUCAAUGAAUGUGACGGUGGAGUCCAUGAUUGCCUUCGUAGUCUGGCUUCCUGUAAAAACACAUUGGGUUCGUUUAAUUGCUCUUGUAACCAUGGAUACAUAGGAGAUGGAAAAACGUACUGUACAGAGGCACCAGGUAAAAUUAUUGACAAUUUUACACUAUGCGCGUUUUGUUUUACUGAGGUUGCAAUUGGCUUUGUUUUCCUAUAACAAAGAGAUUUCAUUUUUUUUCUUAAAUAAGCAUCUCAGCAGUCCGGAAUUGUUAGUUGUUACUCGUUAUAAAUCUCACGCAUGCGGCAGUACCGACUAUUUUACUGUUUCAAAACUUUUGUUUACUGACUUCGUUUUCGUGGUCUAGUCUAUCUAUACAGUAAUUGCUAGAAUUAGUAGUUAUUCAUCUCUUCGAGUAGCAGAGUUUGCACUAAUUCAAAGAGGGCGCUUAUUUGAAUGGGCUGCUUCUUUCAAUUUUAAAACUUUGGCCUUAAAAAUAACGUUAUCUUUAUUUCAAGUAAACACAAACUGUAACCUCUACUAAUUAUGCUGUAACAGACACCGAAACCUAGAAACAUGUCUGUAAGAAGAAACACAAAUCUGCGUGUGGCUUCUAAGUUCACUGAUCUGGAAUAAAAAAUCUUUCUAGUAUACAAGUUUCUCUUCCUAGAACAGACAUAUUCAUUGAGUGGACGAUUAUUUGAAGGGAGCAACUUUUAGCCUCGGGCGUUUUCGUGUUGCAUGCGGAGACAAGUUAUUGGAAGUUGUGCUUGAAUAUAUUGCAGACGAUAUACCGUAAAAUUCCGAAAAUAAGCCCCGGGGCCUAUAUUUUUCAAAGGCCCUUUUAAUGGAGGGGCUUAUAUACAGAGGGAAAUUUCGGUUUCAAAAUCUGCUAAGCUUAUACUGGGCCGAAAUGUGCGUCUCAAAAUCUCAGUAUUGGGCUAGCUUAUAGUUAGAAGGAAAUUUAUAUCGGUAAUUUGCAGCAAGUUUUUACUGAAACUCACCUUGAGGACGUAACUCAAUAGGUCCAAAGUACUUUGCCAAUUUUCAGAAUUUAAGGGAUGUAUGUUAUAAUCUAAGGGGUAAGGGAAGUAACUUGGUACAUCCUAAUUUUACUGCUGAGUGGAUGCAUAAAUAUAGGAUAUUACAUGGCCGCGCGGGGAUACGAAUUUAUCUUCGAGUGAGAGAUACUUUAAGCACGAGUAGAUAAAAUUCGUAUCCCCAAGCGGCUAUGUAAUCUUCUGUUUAUUUUAUAGAUACUGAUGAAAUUCCUACAUAAAACACAACUUUUUUUUAUUCAUUUUCGAAACAGCAAAAUAGUGCAAUUAAAGUGGUCACCUAUCGCAAAAUGGUUGUCACAAAAAUGUUAUGAAACUCGGAUAUAAAGUUAUAAAGGAGAAAUAAAGACAAUAAUACUUGUAUUUUCUGUUCCAAAAAGUCAAAAUUCUAAUGAAGACAAGAAAAAUUCUAUAACAGCAAAAGCGUAUGUUAGUAACCAUGGCGACACCAAUAUCCUCACACAUGAAAGAUAAAAAUAGUAUCUUCACUGCGCGCGAUGAAGAUAUGAUUUUUUUCGUAAAAGGAAAAAUCCUGGUAUUUCAUCAGUAUCUAUAUAAUAAAUCCUUUUCAUUUGCAGCUAUCAAGCUGUGGAAUAAACUACCGCUAUACAUUAGAAAUUCUGAUAAUCUUAAUGUGUUUAAAAAAGCUCUUCAAAAGUUCAAUUUAGAAUCUUGAUACUAGUUUUUGCCUUGAAUAUGUUAAUAUAUGUUCAUUGCUAUCAUAGCUUAGCUCUUUUUUAAAUCAUAGAUUUUUAUAUAAUGACAUUUAUCAGGCGCGGAUCUCGGGAUAAAUACUGACCGUUUUCCUAAACGAGCGCCGAAGGCGUUAGCUUCUAGUGGGGUCUAGAGGCAUGCACCCCCGUGAAAUUUUUUGGAUUUUUCUCCCUUAAGUCACCUUUCCUGGGUUUCUGAGUCAUUCAGUCAGGAUAUUGGCCAGAUUUUAACUUGUAAAGUUUUUUUCUAUGAAAAAUUUAUUUAGUUAUGAAAACUCUGACCGAUUUUUGUAAAACGGUGGAAACCGGUGUGGAUCCGCGCCUGUCUUUUUGUAUAAUGGAUGUUAGUUCUUACGUAGUUAAAGUCUUUUUUCGUUCUACUUAGGUUUUGGUAAUCUUUUUUCUACAAGUGCACGUUCGAAAGAGUUUUUGUUAACUCCCAGGUGUUUACGUGUAUAAAUAAACUACUUACUUACUUACUUACUUAGAUCUCAGUAAAAUUCAGCUAUGGAAGUGUUUUGUCCAUAUGAUCCGAGGAAAUCCAAGCCAAUUCUGAAGAGUAAACUACGCAAACAGCAAUAUACUGUGACACUUUUUGACUGCAAUCAUUUGGCAGAAGUAAUAGUUCGGGCAAAUGCAAAAAAAUUAGUGUUCCUGUGCAGUUUUUGCUUUGUUUUAAUUUAUUUUGAAUUUGAGGGCAAUUUCCGAGUACAAGCCCCCGGGGGCUUGUAUUUAGAGGGGUAAUUUAUGGGAGGGUUUUUUACGUUACGAAUUUGGGGGGCUUGUAUUUGGAGGGGCUUAUAUAUGGAGGGGCUUAUUUUCGGAAUAUUACGGUAACACUACGAUAUAGCAAACAUAUUUUGCCAUUCCACUAGCUAAAUGGCGCAAAAAAAGCACCUGACUCAGAAUGAAUCAAUGAAAUUCUUUCAAACAUUUUUUUCCUAACCAUUGUUUAUUGUAACUAUCUUAAACAUGGCUUGUUCUUUUCAGAAUGUUAUAACUUCACAUCUCUGACCGAUGCUGACAGGAAAUCAUCGUUUCGUCUGGUUGAACCCGUUAAACAUGACACUAAUCUCGGUCCAGGAUGGUUUCGUUUCCAAGGCGACGCAGGUAGUAUGAUGACUACUUCAUGUCCGCCUAAAGAGAAGUGUAACACCGCUGCACCCGGCUGGUUAAAUGGUACGCAUCCUGAAGUAACUGAUGGUAUUGUCACAAGACAAGUCUGUUUUAGUUACGAUGCAGGAUGUUGUGAGUGGCAAACCCAAAUCCAAGUGAGGAAUUGUAAUGAAUACAUUGUAUACUAUCUUCACAGUACACCAUUUCAUGGAGGUUCUCUCCGCUACUGCGGCACUGACUAAAGUGAAGGAGAUCUACAAACACCUGAUCUGACUUUUCAUGUGGUUCAUAUAUCGACCGAACAGCCACUAAGGUGGUUAUUAAUCGUAGUCAUUAGGUCAUAGCUUGCGUAAGUCUCUUCUGUUCUCUCGCUAGUAGGCGCUGGCCACUGAUCUGUCGAUUAUGGACUUAUCGAUGGCUUUUAUUCUGUGGGUGUGCACUAAACACGCCCCAUUGUAACCUUCCCGUGGGACUGAGGCUAGACACCGUAAAAGAAUGGACGUUUGGGGGCGGCGGUGAGGAAGGGUCUGGUUGGGUUCGGAAAAUGUAACUAAUAAGUAACAAACUAGAUACUG